AGGUCCGAUUACACAGCUGUAAGUCUUCCACCAUCCAUUCCAGAGACAAAAGUUGUGAUCCAUUCAGCUCAAGGAACCAUUACGAUACCAACAUUUUAGAUGAGAUCGGUAUCAGUGUUUCUAGCCUCAAAUUUUUUUUAACAACAAUUUAUAAUAUUUUGAUUUGUCGUCUGUGGAUAUCAUUAUCCGUUCAAUUCCGUUCACAAUUUAUCACAGCAAUUUAUUAUUUUCUUUCAUCUCAAAAAAUAGUGUCAUACGGUAUCCAUUGAUCUAUUAAAUAUACCAUUAAUCAGACAAGCUUUCUUAACUUCCAUAUCAGCUGUAAGCAAUUAAGGCAUAAAGGGAUCUGAGAGUAUUCCGUCCGAAUGUAAAUAAAGUGACGACCUUGCGUAAACUACGUAUGUGUAUUAUUUGUUGGACUCGACAAACACUAAAUUUGCAGUGAAAUAACAAGACAAAGUGAUUAAAACCCCAUUUUUAUGUCGUUUUAUGCUUUCACUUGUAUAAGUUACAUGGCUAACGCAAGAAAUUAAUCAUUGGACGAUAUUAUGUAUACAUUUGCGUGGGGUAAAGACCACCUGAAAAUCAGGCGAGCUACUUUAGAACUAUGUUCGCCACCACAGGCAUGGUAGCAGCACCUCAGCAAGCGACUGGCCAGGUCGCACAGAAUGGGAGUACCACACUCCCUAGAUCACACCAUCAGAGAACAGGUAGGCCACCAGCAGCUCCCAAAUCCUAUGACUACCUUCUAAAAGUACUGCUUGUGGGUGACUCGGAUGUUGGUAAACAGGAGAUUUUGCAAGACCUAGAGGAUGGUUCAGCUGACUCCCCAUUCUGUAGCGGCAGUGCUUACAAAACAACAACAAUCCUCUUGGAUGGUAAAAGAGUGAAGCUGCAACUUUGGGACGCCUCUGGCCAGGGAAGAUUUUGCACAAUAAUACGCUCAUAUUCAAGAGGGGCGCAAGGAAUUCUGCUUGUGUAUGACAUUACAAAUAAGUGGUCUUUUGAUAGUAUUGACAGAUGGCUUGAGGAAGUGGAAAAGCAUACACCAGGAGUCCCAAAGGUUUUAGUUGGUAAUCGGCUGCACCUUGCAUUCAAACGACAAGUGCAAGAGAGAGACGCUGAAUUAUAUGCUGCAAAGAACCACAUGGCGUUCUUUGAAGUAAGCCCACUGUGUGAUUUUAAUAUACGUGAGAGCUUCUGCGAAUUGUCUCGAAUGGCGCUGCAUCGGAACGGUAUGGAAAGGCUGUGGAGAAGUAAUAAAGUCCUCAGUCUUCAAGAGCUAUGCUGUCGAGCGAUAGUGGCCCGCACGUCUGUGUACGGGUUGGAGAGGCUCCCCUUACCGACGACACUAAAGUCUCACCUCAAGUCCUACGCGAUUUCCGCGGCGCCAAGCAGGCAUCGCGCGCGGACUUCUAAACAUCCUCAUCACACACGGCUCAACUGCACCGGACGAAACUCUUGCAAUAUUGUUUAAAGUAUCUUUUUUUAAAUUAUAACUUUGAUAGCGUGAUAUAAAUCUUUCAAAAAUUUCCUAAAUGGCAAUCUACGUUAUAACUUUUAGUAUAUCCUCUUUGAUGCCGUGGAGUUGCCAAAUUUACGAAUAAAAUACAUAUUUUUAAGGUAACUCGAAAUGGUCCCUCGAGUCGGAUCAUUUAUGGUAUACAUGUCCGUUUUUUUAAACCACAUAUAAAAUUGACACCAAUGGCAUGUAUUUCUUAGCUAUUGAGAAAAAUGAAAUUGACGAACACUGAUUGUAAAAAACAUAAUUAUAUUGCCAAAAAAAUAUAUUUGGGUUGGUAUACUAUACCAAGCAUUACGAAUUUUUUCUCAGUACUCUGACAACAUUACACAAUAUACUGUUUAUAUCGUGAACCUUUAUACUCGCUUCAUAACAAAUGGUAACAUUUCACACUCAAUAAAUAAAAUAAACAGAUUUGUAUCAUGCUAAACAAAGUAAAACUUACCAACUGCCAUUGUAAUAUUAGAAUAAUAAACGCUGCAUGCUUUUCAGUUAUUCUGAUUACUUAUUUAGAGCCAAUACAAUAUGUAGCGAUGUCCAAAUUGAAUCCUAAACACAACACACAGGCUGUAACUGACAACGGAUUUGUGAUUAGAUUAAGCUUAGUGUAUAAGAUAUUUGUUACUUAAACGUAUGUAUUGUGAAUUUUGUGAAUAUAAGUGUUAUUUAAUUAUAACAAUAACAGUAUGUGAAUAUUUUGUAGCACGGCAACUAGGUAUUUGUCCUUUUUAAUCGUAUAGUAUAAUCGUUAUUGAUAUGGGUCGCACUAAACUUUUCGUUUGCACUGAACACGAGUAAAUUUGUGAUGAUAAAGUUAUAUGGACAUUAUCUCUACUUAAUAUUAUUAUAAUGUCGAAAGUAGCUGUUUGUCUGUCACCACGCCUAAACGACUGAACAGAUUUCGGUAAAAUUUGACAAGGAAAUCAAUUGCAUCAACGGGAAAGACUUUUGGACUUUUGACCUUUUGGCCAGUAAAAACAUUUUCCAUGUGAUAAAAAAGGGGCAUUAGUAAUUUACAACGGAAACGGUUUGAAAAGCCGUGAAACGCUUUUUCAGCGCGUAAUGUUUGUAAAAUAAUAAAUGGGAUUACAGAAUUAACGACUCUAAGAUAAGUUCAAUAUGAUCCAUUUUUCUUUAAAGUUGCAGUGUUUCGAUACUCGAAAUCGACUCCACGAUUGGCAAGGUGCAAAUGAUCAGAGCGAACUAGUAGUUAAGCGCGACUCAUACAUAAACCUCCGUAGUAACUGAACUAUAACAAGAAUUACUUAGUGUUGACUUACGUACGUAUUAUAAAUUCAAAUGUCGUUUGAAAGGUUUGCAGAGACUAUGAAUUCGGGUCUAUUUAGACAUAUCAGGGUCAAAUUUCUACACUCUCUUCACCUUAACGAAUUAAUAUGGAGCACUCUCUCUCCCUCUCUCUCUUGCCCAACUACAUAAAGGUAAACCAUCACUGUGAUUGGUCAGAGGAUGAGAGAGAGAGGACCAAAUAGCAAAACAUGUAAAUUCUAUUUACAUUCCGUAGUACAAAAAAAAAUCUAAAUUACUUGAUUAUCUUGAAAUAAUUAUUAUAAAA